AUGACAGCGCGAGAAGGUGUGUUUCCGGAAGACGUGGCUGUUGCUGCAGUGGCAGCUGUCAUCUGAAUUGUUCUCAAAGGAUUGCAAGAACAGCUACUCUAAUAUAUAGUCUAUUCCUAUCUCGUCUUCACCCAUUUAUUCGGCGUCAAGAUGAUUUCGCUAACGGACUCCCAAAAGAUUGGAAUGGGAUUAACAGGCUUUGGCGUGUUUUUCCUCUUCUUCGGGAUGAUCCUGUUCUUUGACAAAGCUCUCCUGGCUAUUGGAAAUAUCUUAUUUGUCGCUGGACUUGCCUUUGUCAUCGGGCUGGAGAGGACCUUCCGCUUCUUCUUCCAGAAGCACAAGAUGAAGGCCACCAGUUUCUUCCUUGGAGGUGUGUUUGUGGUGCUGAUUGGCUGGCCCAUCAUUGGAGUUGUGCUGGAGAUCUACGGCUUUUUCCUCUUGUUCAGGGGUUUCUUCCCAGUUGUAGUUGGCUUUAUUCGAAGAAUACCUGUCCUUGGCUCAAUCCUCAACCUGCCCUUCAUCAGUGCAUAUGUGGACAAAGUGGGCGAGAGCAACACCAUGGUAUAACAGUGACUUUUUGUACCCAGAGGAGGCUGUUUGAGUGCAGCAGGUUUUUUAUAGCAACACAAAAUCCCAUCAGGCUGAUUGAAAGCAGCAAACGUAUAUGUUCAGAUUCCUCCCCCCUCCUGCAGGCAAAGACUGCUCUCUAUCUGUCUGUAAUGUCACUGGUCAGUGCUACCAAUCAAAGGUUCAUCAGAGCGUUGCACCGCCAGUCUGUUACUAAAGGGUGGAGUGACUAAGGUCACUACAAAAAAUAUUUCAAAUGCUAUUGAUCCCUUCUCCAUUGAGUGCAUCUGGCAUGAAAAUGGAGGAUGGAAGACUCCCUCAAAGCACCACUGACUCUGUCUACAUGACUUUCUUACUCUGUGGAGGAAACAGACAAAACCACUCGCUCUCCACAAGGACGAGAAGUGGACCGACCGACAGCUUGCCAUAUUGUCACAUUUCUGUGCCUGUGCUUUAACUUUAUUUUGGAAGAGAGCUUUUAAGUCCAGCAUUUUGUCUCUUUACAGUUAUUCUGUGUCAUUUUGAUCUUUUUUGUCUUGCAUCUCUUUGAAUACCAAGUGUGGCUGAUGUAAUAUUUUCCCUAUGUAAUUUCUGUUUACGGUUGACUAAAUGAGAACCUAAGUAUAAAUUAUUUUUCAAACAAC